UUUUCUUCUCCUUUUUCCCUUCCCCUCCUUUAAGAGGCGGCGCUGGAGCCGGAGCCAUUUUCCCUUCAGCGGCGUCGAGAAAAUCAAGAAGCCGGGGCGCCCUGAAGUCGGAGCGCUCUCCUGGCAUUUGUCGCAAGGAGGUGCCAAGAUAGCAGGGACUUCUUGAGCCCCCUGAAUUAUCCCCCAAAUCUGGGGGCAUGGCAUCGGGCAUGGGGUCCCCAUCGCCCUGCUCCGCCGGCAGCGACGAGGAGAUGGAAAUCCUGUUGAACAACAGCAUCCACCAACAUCAAGAGCCAGAAGAAGAGCCAGAGGAAGAGCUGUUAUCGGAAGCAGAGAUACCAAAAAUCAAGAAGAAGAAGAAGCCGAAAAAAGCGAAGGAACCUAAAGUACCCAAACUCAGUAAGCGCCAGAAAAAAGAGCUUGGAGACAGCUCUGGCGAGGGAAAUGAGUUUGUGGAGGAGGAAGAGGAGGUGCUGUUGCGCUCAGACAGUGAGGGAAGUGACUAUACACCUGGCAAGAAGAAGAAGAAAAAAAUUGGGCCUAAGAAGGAGAAGAAGAGCAAAGCCAAGCGUAAAGAAGAAGAAGAGGAAGAAGAUGAGGACGAUGAUUCCAAGGAGCCAAAGUCUUCUGCCCAGCUUUUAGAGGACUGGGGCAUGGAGGAUAUCGAUCAUAUUUUCACAGAGGAGGAUUAUCGAACUCUUACCAAUUACAAGGCUUUCAGUCAGUUUGUCAGGCCACUUAUUGCUGCCAAGAAUCCCAAAAUUGCUGUCUCCAAAAUGAUGAUGGUUCUGGGGGCCAAGUGGAGAGAGUUCAGCACGAACAACCCCUUUAAAGGGAGCUCUGGGGCAUCUGUGGCUGCUGCUGCUGCCGCCGCUGUGGCUGUGGUGGAGAGCAUGGUCGCCAGUGUGGAUCCAGUCCUUCCUCAGCCUCCAGUUGAAGUGCCACUUCGAAAAGCCAAGACCAAGGAAGGCAAAGGACCCAAUGCCCGGAAGAAGCCCAAGGCCAGUCCCCGUGUUCCUGAAAUAAAAAAACCCAAAACAAAAAAAGUGGCACCUUUGAAAAUCAAGCUGGGAGGAUUUGGUUCCAAGCGUAAAAGAUCUUCAAGUGAGGAGGAUGACCUGGAUGUCGAGUCAGACUUCGAUGAUGCAAGCAUUAAUAGCUACUCUGUGUCAGAUGGAUCUACUAGUCGUAGCAGCCGCAGCCGCAAGAAACUAAAAGCAGGAAAAAAGAAAAAGAAAGGAGAAGAAGAUUCUGCUGCAACUGUGGAUGGCUAUGAAACAGAUCACCAGGACUACUGUGAGGUGUGCCAACAGGGUGGAGAGAUCAUCCUGUGUGACACUUGCCCUCGUGCCUAUCACAUGGUUUGUCUGGAUCCAGAUAUGGAGAAAGCUCCAGAGGGCAAGUGGAGCUGCCCACAUUGUGAAAAAGAGGGCAUCCAAUGGGAGGCCAAAGAAGAUAAUUCUGAGGGUGAGGAAGCGAUGGAGGAUGCUGUGGGGGACGCAGAAGAAGAGGAUGAUCACCACAUGGAGUUCUGCCGUGUUUGUAAAGAUGGAGGAGAGCUACUGUGCUGCGAUGCCUGUCCUUCUUCCUACCACAUCCACUGCUUGAAUCCCCCAUUGCCAGAGAUUCCCAAUGGAGAGUGGCUUUGCCCACGCUGUACUUGUCCACCUCUGAAAGGCAAGGUGCAGAAGAUCUUGACUUGGAAGUGGGGACAGCCUCCAUUACCCACGCCUGUCCCACGGCCAGCCGAUGCCGACCCGAAUGCACCUUCUCCGAAGCCGCUGGAAGGAAGGCCUGAGCGACAAUUCUUUGUCAAGUGGGUGGGCAUGUCCUACUGGCACUGUUCCUGGGUGUCUGAGCUGCAGCUGGAACUGCAUUGCCAAGUAUUGUUUCGUAAUUACCAACGAAAAAAUGAUAUGGAUGAGCCCCCAUCAGGAGAUUUUGGAGGGGAAGAAGAAAAGCUCCGCAAGCGCAAGAACAAAGAUCCUAAGUUUGCAGAGAUGGAGGAGCGUUUUUACCGUUAUGGGAUCAAGCCAGAGUGGAUGAUGAUCCAUCGGAUUCUCAACCAUAGUGUGGAUAAGAAGGGGAAUGUUCACUAUCUUAUUAAAUGGAGAGAUCUACCAUAUGACCAAGCUUCUUGGGAAAAUGAGGAGGAAGACGUGCAAGAUUAUGACAGCUUCAAACAGUCAUAUUGGAAUCACAGGGAGUUGAUGAGGGGUGAUGAAGGAAGACCUGGCAAGAAGAUAAAGAAAGUGAAGUUACGGAAAUUAGAGAGGCCUCCAGAAACACCAACAGUUGAUCCUACCGUGAAGUAUGAUAGACAACCUGAUUACCUGGAUGUGACUGGAGGAACACUGCAUCCCUAUCAACUGGAGGGCCUCAACUGGCUGCGUUUCUCUUGGGCUCAAGGCACAGACACCAUCCUGGCUGAUGAAAUGGGUCUGGGAAAGACUGUACAGACUGCAGUGUUUUUGUAUUCACUAUACAAAGAGGGACACUCUAAAGGGCCUUUCUUGGUGGGUGCUCCAUUGUCUACCAUCAUCAACUGGGAGAGAGAAUUUGAAAUGUGGGCCCCAGACAUGUAUGUGGUGACAUAUGUUGGAGACAAAGACAGCCGAGCCAUCAUCCGUGAGAACGAAUUCUCCUUUGAAGAUAAUGCUAUACGUGGGGGAAAGAAGGCUUCCAAGAUGAAGAAAGAGGCAUCUGUGAAAUUCCAUGUGUUGCUCACUUCCUAUGAGUUGAUCACAAUUGACAUGGCUAUUCUGGGCUCCAUUGAUUGGGCUUGUCUCAUAGUUGAUGAAGCGCACAGACUGAAGAAUAAUCAGUCCAAGUUUUUCCGGGUGCUGAAUGGUUACUCUCUCCAGCAUAAACUCCUGCUCACAGGGACCCCCCUACAGAACAAUCUGGAGGAAUUGUUUCACCUUCUUAACUUCCUGACACCAGAGCGAUUUCACAACCUUGAGGGCUUUCUGGAGGAGUUUGCGGACAUUGCUAAGGAAGAUCAGAUCAAAAAGCUUCAUGAUAUGUUGGGCCCGCACAUGCUGAGGCGCUUAAAGGCAGAUGUCUUCAAGAACAUGCCUUCCAAGACAGAGCUCAUUGUCAGGGUGGAACUAAGUCCUAUGCAAAAGAAAUACUACAAAUAUAUCCUGACAAGGAAUUUUGAGGCCCUGAAUGCCCGUGGUGGCGGCAACCAAGUUUCUCUACUCAAUGUGGUUAUGGAUCUGAAGAAAUGUUGCAACCACCCAUAUCUCUUUCCCGUAGCUGCUAUGGAAGCACCAAAAAUGCCCAACGGGAUGUUUGAUGGCAGUGCUCUAAUUCGUGCCUCUGGGAAGUUGCUUCUGCUGCAAAAGAUGUUGAAGAACCUCAAGGAGGGUGGGCACAGAGUGCUGAUUUUCUCUCAGAUGACUAAGAUGCUAGAUCUGUUAGAAGACUUCCUGGAACAUGAAGGAUAUAAGUAUGAGAGAAUCGAUGGUGGAAUCACAGGAAAUAUGCGCCAAGAAGCCAUUGAUCGUUUUAAUGCUCCUGGUGCCCCACAGUUCUGUUUCCUACUUUCCACAAGAGCUGGAGGCCUUGGUAUCAACCUUGCCACUGCAGACACAGUGAUAAUCUAUGAUUCAGACUGGAAUCCACAUAAUGACAUCCAGGCCUUCAGCCGUGCUCACCGAAUUGGGCAAAAUAAGAAAGUGAUGAUUUAUCGUUUCGUCACAAGAGCCUCAGUAGAAGAGCGGAUCACACAAGUGGCCAAGAAGAAAAUGAUGCUGACCCAUUUGGUCGUGAGGCCAGGGUUGGGAUCAAAGACUGGCUCUAUGUCAAAACAGGAGCUAGAUGAUAUCCUCAAGUUUGGCACCGAGGAACUUUUCAAAGACGAAGCUACAGAAGGUGGUAAAAACCUGCGCAAUGUAGCACAAAGUGAUAUCAAAGAAGGCGAAGAUAUCAGUGUCAUUCAUUAUGAUGACAAGGCAAUUGAACGUCUCCUGGACCGUAACCAAGAUGAAAUAGAGGACGCUGAGAUCCAGGGUAUGAACGAGUACCUGAGUUCUUUCAAAGUGGCUCAGUAUGUGGUGCGUGAAGAGGAAAUGGGGGAGGAAGAGGAGGUUGAACGGGAGAUUAUCAAACAAGAAGAGUCAGUGGACCCAGAUUACUGGGAGAAGUUGCUUCGUCAUCAUUAUGAACAACAGCAAGAAGACCUGGCCCGGAAUCUGGGGAAAGGCAAGCGUAUCCGCAAGCAAGUCAACUACAACGAUGGUUCCCAGGAGGACAGAGAUUGGCAGGAUGAUCAGUCAGAUAAUCAGUCUGAUUAUUCUGUUGCCUCUGAGGAAGGAGAUGAAGACUUUGAUGAAAGAUCAGAAGCUGCUCGCCGACCGAACCGCAAAGGCUUAAGGAACGACAAAGACAAGCCACUGCCGCCUCUGCUUGCCCGUGUGGGAGGCAACAUAGAGGUUCUGGGCUUUAAUGCUCGCCAGCGGAAGGCCUUCCUUAAUGCCAUCAUGCGCUAUGGAAUGCCUCCUCAGGAUGCCUUUACCACUCAGUGGCUGGUGCGAGAUCUCCGAGGAAAAUCAGAGAAGGAGUUCAAGGCCUAUGUUUCCCUCUUCAUGCGCCACUUAUGUGAACCAGGAGCAGAUGGGGCAGAAACAUUUGCUGAUGGGGUCCCACGUGAGGGUCUGUCACGGCAGCAUGUCCUCACCCGGAUAGGGGUCAUGUCACUCAUACGAAAAAAGGUGCAAGAGUUUGAACACGUGAAUGGACGCUGGAGUAUGCCAGAACUAGCGGAGAUAGAGGAAAACAAGAAACUGUUGCAACCCAGUUCUCCUUCACCCAAAACCCCAACUCCCUCUACGCCAGGAGACACACAGCCUAACACACCUGCCCCUGUUCCCCCACUUGAAGAGGGUGUGAAAGUGGAAGAGGUUCCUUGCACCAAGGAUCAAGGAGAUCAAACAGAAGUUAAGAAGGAGAUUAGUUCCACUGUUACUGCUGCUGAAAACGAAGUCCCGGCUGAGCAGGGUCCCCCUCCAACAGAGACUCCCUCACAGGAAGCUAAAUCACCUGUGAAUGCUUCAGAAGUGGAAGAAAAGAAACCAGAUGAACCACAAAUAAAAGAGGAGCCAAUGGAGACAGAAAGUAAAGCUGAUAUAGAGAAGGCCCCAGCAGACCCACCCACAGAGCCUCCAACUAUAAACCUAGAAGAGAAGGAAGAGAAGAAAGAGGAUGAAAAGAAAGAUGUGGUGAUGCUCCAGAAUGGAGAAACGCUCAAAGAGCCUACUGAUGACAGGCACAAGAAGGCCCUGAAGCAGCGAUUCAUGUUCAAUAUUGCAGAUGGUGGCUUCACUGAGUUGCAUUCCCUGUGGCAAAACGAAGAGCGGGCAGCUACUGUUACUAAGAAGACCUAUGAGAUCUGGCACCGGCGUCAUGACUACUGGCUCCUGGCAGGAAUAAUCAACCAUGGUUAUGCUCGGUGGCAAGAUAUCCAGAAUGAUCCUCGUUAUGCCAUACUCAACGAACCUUUCAAGGGCGAAAUGAACAGGGGCAACUUCCUGGAGAUAAAAAACAAAUUCUUGGCCAGACGGUUUAAGCUGCUGGAACAGGCACUGGUGAUUGAAGAGCAGCUACGGAGAGCUGCAUAUCUGAACAUGUCAGAAGACCCCUCCCAUCCUUCAAUGGCCCUGAAUACCCGUUUUGCAGAGGUGGAGUGCCUAGCUGAGAGCCACCAGCAUCUGUCCAAGGAGUCUAUGGCUGGCAACAAACCAGCAAACGCAGUGCUUCACAAAGUGCUGAAGCAGCUAGAGGAGUUGCUGAGCGACAUGAAGGCCGAUGUGACGCGGCUACCUGCCACAAUUGCCCGCAUUCCUCCAGUGGCUGUGCGCCUCCAGAUGUCGGAGCGCAACAUCCUCAGCCGCUUGGCAAACCGUAGCAGCGAGCCGCCUCCACCACCACCACCACCACCCCAGCAGGUGGCACAGCAGCAGUGAGAUACUGGUCCAGCGCUGCCAACACAGUGAUACAGCUAAAGUGACAUACGCUUCCUUGUUUGAAUUUUGACCCCACUUCCCCCCUGCCUGGCACUCCUGUUCAGAUGGUGUCGUCUCUGCAUGGGGGAUGGCUGGAGAGAGGAAGAAGUACAAUCUUCCAUACGUUGCCAGUUGCACUUGGAUUGCCCUUGGGUAACGGGAGACGUUGGAUGGACUCUGUAUAUAGUGACUGGAGACUGCAGCGCCACAUCUGUUACACAGACCUGGCUGCAGGGUUCACCACCAUGGCCCACACUUCCUUGAUUUUAAUUUUAUUUUGAGUUCAUUUAACCAGGACAAGUGCAAGCAAAAGUCAGGACAGACACAGCUACCUCCAUCAAGAUCCUUUUAAUACAAAAAACUGACUGGACUUGUCCUCUGAAACAGCUGGAAAAAAAGACAAAAAAAUCUUGAUAACAUUGAAAAUAAAGGUUUCCUUGUAUUUUAU